AUGCCAUCGGACAAGGUUGUUCGCUUUGGAGGCUCAAUGCAGGAAGUUAUAAAACAAUUCGAAGAUGGCUCGACAGACGCAUUCGACACGAUCAUCGAACAACUUCAAGACGAGGAGACAUCGAUGAUCAAAUACAACAAGUUUAUCGUCGAGAUUGGCGAUAGUGCCCCUCUCUUCACCGCGGCGCAUAAAAAGCUGAUCAAGUCUUUGCUUUACUCAAAAUGGGCGACUUCCCAUCCCACAGUCUUGGUCAACUGGAAAAAGACGAUCUUGUCGCUUGUUUCGGCGAAUAACGUUCAUGUGUCGAGUAUUCUCGAGCACUGCGUGAAAAGCUUUGUGUACGAAACAAAGGAUGAACUAACCGAAGAUGAAAACGAAAAAACAAUGGAAACACAAUUCUCGACUGUGCAGCAAAUUCUGGACGAGAUUCUCGAAAAGGUGCCACUGGCGCGCGGCCAGUUGCUGGCACAGAUUGCUUCAGGAUUUCCCAAUGGCUUUGGCUCCGAGCCAGCUCACGAGAAAUACAUCGAUAAUUUAUUCAAACUCAUAGAACGUCACAAAACGCUCCGAUCGCCUGUCCUGGAGACAAUCUUGGUGCACUUUUGCCGAAUCGAUCAGCAUCUGCCCAAGAAUGUCCUUUUCGACCUCGAUCUCGCCGCACAAGAAGAGUCUGAGGAGCUAACCGAGGAUCAAUUGGAAUUCUUGAGUGCACGUGACACCUUCGACCGAAUAAUGAUCCGCUUUUUCCAGUUUAUCGAGACCUCUGUGGCAUCAGAUGACGAAGUUGGGCAGAAAAACAACGUUCUGGUCCUUCUUCGUGAAAUGGUCACUGUAUUUGGCAAGGUCUUGCUUCCUCAACCCAACACAACUACAGUACAAUAUGUCUACUUUUAUCUCCUGAGCUUGAAGGGCACCUUUUCGACUUCUUUCUGCGAGUGGAUGUUGAAGCGGAUCAAGAAUAAAAGCGAGUCUCGAUCACGAAGGAUUGCACUCUUGUCUUAUCUUACCAGUUUUCUGGCUCGGGCUCAGUUCGUCUCUCAUACUACUCUUCGCCAUGUAGCCUUGAUUUUAUCAACUCUCUGCAUCAAAGAUCAUCAGCGACUUAUUCCCGAGAAAGAUCAGCAUUUUUCAACGGAGAAAUUCGGAGUUUACUACGCGACGGCGCAGGCACUCUUUUACCUCGUCAUUUUCAGGCAUAAAGAGCUUGGAAAUGACUGUAUACGAUCCUUGGGAAUUCCAGAAAUUGUGUAUUCGAAGAUGAAUCCCCUGGCAGCGUGUGUUCCCUCGAUCGCGUUGAAAUUCUGCGACAUCAUGAAAGAAACACAACUGGCAUUUUGCCACCAUAUACUAGAACAGUUUCACGAGCGGCAGCUGCUGGCAACGGGCACCAACGAAAUUGUCAACCCCAUCGAUUUCUACUUCCCCUUUGACCGCUGUUUACUGCCGAUGACUGCCGCUAAAAUUGACAAGUUUUAUAAUCAUUGGGUCGAGGAAGAUUCUGAUUCUGAGGAUGAAGAUAGCUCGGAAGAAGAGGAAAGCGACAUGGAAAGCUAG